UAGCUAACUUCUCAAAUGUCAAAAAGCAAUUUCAAUUUGUUUAUUUUGUAAUAUUGUAAUUUUUGUAAUUUAAACCUUUAAACUUGGUCACCGAGUACUGCUGAGUUCGAGUGUGGACACAUUGUGUGGAUGUGAAUGCCCUGGUGUAAAAUUAUCAUUAGAAUACAUAAAAUCAAGUUUUAAUAAAAUGAAAGUGAAACAAGAAUUUAGUGAGGAAACGUGCAAAAUAGAAAUAGAGUAUAAUGACUUGGAUGAUGCUCUUCUAGAUGGUUUUAAAUGUGAAAUCAAAGAGGAAUCCAAUAGCCAAAGUACACAUGGCGCAUAUGAUUCUUUUGACUUAAAGAAAUGUCCCAUAAAAACUGAAAUAGAACAACAUGGCAAUGAACUUAAUCCAUUUGAAGAAAAACAAGAAACUGAAAAAGGUUGUCUUCAAGAGAACAAAAUGGAGAUGAUGGAGACACUAACUGAACAUUCAUCACAUGAAGAAAAUUAUAUUAAUCAACAUUCGGAAGGAAAAACAUUAAAUAAAAAUGUAAGAGUUGUGACUGGAAAAAAACCUUACAAGUGUGAAAUUUGUUUUAAGCAGUUUAGCGUAGCAGGUAGUUUGAAAACACAUUUGAAAGUUCAUACUGGAGAAAAACCUCACAAGUGUGAAAUUUGUUUUAAGCAGUUUACUAACACAAGUAAUUUGAAAGUGCAUUUGAGUGUGCACACCGGAGAAAAACCUCACAAUUGUGAAAUUUGUUUUCAGCAGUUUAGACGAGGAGAUUAUUUGAAAAAACAUUUAAGAGUGCACACUGGAGAAAAACCUCACAAGUGUGAAAUUUGUUUUCAGCAUUUUAGUCGAGCACAUCAUUUAAAAUCACAUUUGAUGAGUCACACUGGAGCAAAACCUCAUAAGUGUGAAAUUUGUUUUAAGCAGUUUAGUCGAGUAGAAUAUUUGAAUGGCCAUUUGAGAGCGCACACUGGAGAAAAACCUCACAAGUGUGAAAUUUGUUUUAAGCAGUUUAGUUAUAAAAGUAAUUUAAAACCACAUUUAAGAUUGCACACUGGAGAAAAGCCUUACAAGUGUGAAGUUUGUUUUAAGCAGUUUAGUUAUAAAAGUAAUUUAAAACCACAUUUAAGAUUGCACACUGGAGAAAAGCCUUACAAGUGUGAAGUUUGUUUUAAACAGUUUACUCAUAAAAUUUCUUUGGAUGAACAUACGAAAGGUCACACUGGAGAAAAGCCUUACAAGUGUGAAAUUUGUUUGAAGCAGUUUUCUCAGAAGGUUCAUUUAAAUAGUCAUUUAAUAUUACACACUGGAGAAAAUCCUUAUAAAUGUGAAAUUUGUUUUAAGCAGUUUACUAGAACAGAUAAUUUGAAAAAACAUUUGAGAUUGCACACUGGAGAAAAACCUCACAAGUGUGAAAUUUGUUCUAAACAAUUUAGUGAAGCAGGAAAUUUAAAAGGACAUUUGAGAGUUCACACUGGGGAAAAACCUCACAAGUGUGAAAUUUGUUUGAAGAGGUUUACCAACUCAGGGGAUUUGAAAAGACAUUUGAGAGUGCACACUGGAGAAAAGCCUUACAAGUGUGAAGUUUGUUUUAAACAGUUUACUCAUAAAAUUUCUUUGGAUGAACAUACGAAAGGUCACACUGGAGAAAAGCCUUACAAGUGUGAAAUUUGUUUGAAGCAGUUUUCUCAGAAGGUUCAUUUAAAUAGUCAUUUAAUAUUACACACUGGAGAAAAUCCUUAUAAAUGUGAAAUUUGUUUUAAGCAGUUUACUAGAACAGAUAAUUUGAAAAAACAUUUGAGAUUGCACACUGGAGAAAAACCUCACAAGUGUGAAAUUUGUUCUAAACAAUUUAGUGAAGCAGGAACUUUAAAAGGACAUUUGAGAGUUCACACUGGGGAAAAACCUCACAAGUGUGAAAUUUGUUUGAAGAGGUUUACCAACUCAGGGGAUUUGAAAAGACAUUUGAGAGUGCAUACUGGAGAAAAGCCUUACAAGUGCGAAAUCUGUUUUAAGCAGUUUAGUGAUGCAAGUUCUUUAAGAACACAUUUGAGAGUGCACACUGGGGAAAAACCAUAUUCUCAAAAAAUUAAUUCUUAAUUAAUUUUAUUUUCCAUCUUUGACACACCCAUAGUGCACCUAAUGAAAUUUGUGACUUAUUCAAUAAUAUGGAAAUUCACCAUCAAGCUUCUUUACAUCCCAUAUUAAUUUUUUAAAAAAGAGUUCAGUUUUUUAGAAGGAUAACUUGUCAACUGAUUUAUCUUCUUUUUCAUUAAUAUGUAUUUCAUUAAGUAUAAUUUUAAAAACUAGAUUUAUGUAAUUACAGACCAUGUUGAAAAGUUGUUCAAUUCCAUUGCUAAAAUGUCAUAUGUCAACUGUCACUGGUUAUGAGAAAAGGUGAAAGUACCUUUACCAGCACACACUAUCUAUGUCAGCUGUCAUUAAAAAUCCACCAGACUACAUGCCGCCAUUUGGCCAUUCUUCAUACUGACACAGCACACAUCAGAUGGUAAUGGCUCCAGUGCACGUUGGGCCAACUAGUUGGCCAAUGAGUUGGGCCAAGUAAGAACAGUGAAUACAUGGUGAUUACACGUUGAUGGAGUUAUCAGUCUGCAUUAAUCUUUCUUAGUGGAUAAACAAAAAACAAACUCUGAUUAUGGAUAUGGAUGUGGAGACUGUAGCAGCUGCCGCAAUUAAUUUGUACAAUGCGUUCAAUGCUUAUAGAAAAGUGUACCAAACAAGAGUGAUUAAAAAACAAUGGCGCAAACGACGGGCCCGAAAAAAGUAUUAACACAACCUUAAAAUUAAUACUUAUAAACAGUAUCAAUAUUGUGAGAAGAGAAAACAAAUAUUUUAAACUCAACGACAACAACGUGUUCAGUGUUCAUAACCAAACAGCUGUUUCGCAGCUGUUUCGGCAGAUCGCGCAAGUCCCAAAAAUCCUUUGAUUUGUGCACCAAAUACCGACAAGAUUCGGUUUGUAGACCAACGCUGACCGCCAAUCGCAAACUCAUGCCAAGUGGUCCUGUACACGUUGGCCCAGCGUGUACUAGCCCCAUAAGGUCUCUUGACCUUACCAUGAACAAAUUUUUGUUAUAUGUAAUGUAGUUUUUCGUGUAAGUCCUUUGUGCUUGUAAUAUAUAUGUUUUUUCAACUUUUCUGACUAAGAAACAGCAAGAAUUGACCACCUUUUUUCAACAGACAGACAAGGUUUUUUUCUAUAUUUUAUCCAUCAUUAAAAAACUGCACAAGUAUAUAGAAGUAUUUUUUGUAUAUCGUUCAUGGGAUCCAUCUCUCUUCAUAGUGGUAUUUUGAACCUUUUGACCAUAGCUCCGAAGAUGGCUUUAUAAGCCGAAAGCGCUCAGCUAGGAAUUAUUUGUUUUACACACUUAAAAAGUACACUUUUCCCUGUUCACCUGUUGUCAUAAGUGUGUACAAAACUAUUUCACUCUUUACAUUUAUUUAAGAGUGCACACUGGGGAAAAACCUUAACAGUGUGAGAUUUGUUUAAAACAGUUUCCUCAAAAAACUAAUUUAACUACUCACAUGAAAGUUCAUACUGGAGAAAAAUCUUACAUGAGUGAAAUUUGUUGUAAACAAUUAAUCAAGCAGGUACUUUAAAAGGACAUUUUUUGAAAGUUCACACUGGAGAAAAAGCCUCAAGUGUGAAAUUGGGUUUAAGCAAUUUAGUCUAGAGCAGCGGUUCCCAACCUUUUUUCACUGCCGUACCCCUUGAGAUAAAUUUAUUUCAAAUUGUACCCCCAAGAAAAAAAAGUUGCAAGAACAUUAAUCAUGGAAAGUAAAUAUUUACGCAAGAGUUUUUUUUUAUCUUUUAUUUGACAAUAAAGUUAUUGUUCCAAAAUUAGGCCUAUAUAUGUUUCUAGUAAA